AUCAAAAUGGCGACAAUAAAAUAGUCUCUCUUCAUGCUCUAUAUUUCCUCCACAUAAGAUAGCGCUGUCGUCCCCUCCUUUUCUCGGGAAACAAACAACCAAAACAAUCUCUCGCGGGUUGGGCUCUACGCGUCCUUCUACGAAAGUUCAAUACUUUAGUGCAUACAUCGAGUUCGAGAUUUCACGUCAUCUCCUACCAAACCCAUCUCUCUAUUUCUUCACAAAGCUUAAUUCUUCACAACCUUCUGAGCUUCUCUUUCUGUCUCUGCCUCUCUGAUUGCUCUGUUUGGAUAUGGGUGCUAGUUUCUCUGCUUGCAAGUCAGACCCAGUUGGGGCUUUGCCUUUGCAAUCGAAACCCAGUCUUGGCGAUUUGCCGGAGAGCUGCGCGGCGCUGAUUCUGGGUUAUUUGGACCCACCGGAGAUUUGCAAAUUGGCGAAGCUCAAUCGGGCUUUUCGUGGAGCUUCUUGGGCUGACUUCAUUUGGGAAUCGAAAUUGCCUUCCAAUUAUCAAACUAUCGUUAGAAAAGUGUUCGGUGAUGGUUUGGAAAAUUUGGGUAAGAGAGAUGUUUAUACGAGGCUUUGUCAGCCUAAUUCUUUCGAUGAUGGUACCAAGACAGUUUGGCUGGAUAAAAGUACAGGAUCUGUUUGCUUGUCGAUUUCUUCAAAGGGAUUAGCAAUCACUGGCAUUGAUGAUCGAAGAUAUUGGAAUCAUAUUCAAACUCAAGAAUCUAGAUUUUGCAGCGUUGCAUAUCUUCAGCAAAUAUGGUGGUUAGAAGUCGAUGGGGAGGUUGAGUUCCCGUUUCCAGCAGGGACAUACAGCCUAUUCUUUAGGCUGCAGCUGGGACGGUCUUCGCAGAAGAGGUUUGGUCGCCGAAUUUGCAAUACCGAGCAUGUCCAUGGUUGGGACGUAAAACCAGUGAGGUUUCAGCUAUGGACUUCAGAAGGUCACUAUGCCUCGUCCCAAUGCUUUUUAACUGAACCUGGAAAAUGGAACUACUACCAUGUUGGGGAUUUUGUUGUGGAGAACCCCAAUGCAUCAACAAAGAUUAAACUCUCUAUGACCCAGAUUGAUUGCACCCACACCAAAGGUGGUCUCUGUUUAGACUCUGUACUUGUAUACCCUAGUGAAUUUCGAGAAAGGCUAAAGCAUUUUUAAUUUGCGCUUUACCUUUUCAGUUAGGUAGUUCUGUAUUAUAGAGUUAGGCCAUCUUCAGCAGAAAGCCAAUUUAGAGAUAGUGAAUGUCUCCAUGGGGUCAUAUGUGUGUAAGCAAAGAAAUGUGUAAAUUCAUUCUCUCUUUGUUUGAUUCGUUUAAUUAGUGACAGUGGAUUAAGAUUUUGUAUGUCUGUCUGUCUCCAUAGUCAAAGGGGCUUCUGCAUUGUAUGGGAUUUUGAGAAAUUAAUGAUGGAAAUAUUUACAGUUGAACUUUCU